UUUUUUUUUUUAAAUAAUAUGAGGAAACUAUUCUGUUCCUGUUAAGACGAAAGCCCCUGAACAGGAUGUUAUUCUUAAGCCACCUGAAAAUAUUGCAUCUUUAAAAACAGCACAGACUAAAAACACAACCUCACCUUUGAGCUGAAGCUGUGUAGAGUUUUAACCUUAAGAGAAAACAAUAUGGAGCAAAUGUCUCUGUGCUUGUGCGGCCUGAAACACAAUCCUUCCUCCAGCUCACAUGCGGAGCUGCUGCCACCUCUUGAGCGCAACACGUCGAAGCAAAAAGAAUAUUGUUACAGCACACGUCUGCCUGGAUGACCAACGUCCAUGUUUCUCCACAUGCUAAUCUUCAUGGCGUAUCAUAGCAGCAGAUGGAUACCAAGGAAUAAGAGGUUAAAAUUUCAAAUAGUGAAUGCAGUGUUCAUGGCUAUUGUUCUGGUUCCUCAGUUCUACGUCAUGGCAAGGCCAAAAUCCUCAAGAUACUGCAGGCAGCCUCUCCUGAACAACCAGUCAGCUUGCAUCGCCUUGUCCUUCAUAGCGUCAGGUUUUUCAGUGAUAUUCACAUUGUUAGACCCAGUUCCCCAGAGCUUGUGGGCUUGCUAUCAUGUGUUUGGGCUGCUGUCAUGUGGACAAGGACUAUGUACAACCAUCCUGACUCUAACAGCAGCAGCAUGCGCUGAAACGACCCCAGAGCUGUACUACAUGUCUCUUAUUAUGACGGUUGCCUCUAUUUUCAGCACAGGUUUUUUCAUGGUGAGAGGAGGAAUCUGGCUGGCGGCCUGUGAUGGACCAGAGCAGAAACAAUGAGCGAUAAAACAGCCCAGCUGUCCCAUGUUGAUAUCUGACACUCCACAUAUUAAGAUUUCAUGUAGUUUCCAUGCCACCAGCAGCUGGUAACUUUAAACCAUGGGAAGAAAAAAAAAAAAAAAAGGGAAAGCGACUUAAUCCUCCUCAUGUGUAAUGCUCACUUCAUAGAAGUAUGACAAAGUAGAUGUUUGUCUUGAUUAUCAGAACAGUUUGCUUUUAUUUGUUGAUGGGUUUCAUGUAACAACUGGUCAUAGGAAGCUAAUAAAUAUGUAAUUUACACAGCACAUUUAGUGUAUAAUUAUAUACAUAAAAAUACAUAUGUGAGAUCUGUAUACAGUACUGAUAGUGAUAUUUGUCUCAUUGGGAAGGUAAAAGUACAUUAAACAGAUUCAAGCAGGAAAACUAAAAGGAAAUACUUCACAUUGAUGCAGCUUGGAUGACCAGGUUGAAUUAUUAAAAGGAAAAUGCAGAUUGCUGUACCAAAACAUAAGUGA